GAAGAUGUUUAGUUUCUCUGUGUGAUAGUCAUCCCAAUCUUAUUAAGGGCUGCGUUCUUCCUCCCCUCUCCUGCCUGCUUGCCUGCUGCUGCUGUUGCCAGAGGUAGACACUGUGUCGCGCUGCGCCGCUGGAAAGGCCUGAGCAGAUAGUCAAUUCUCUUCUGCGUUUGCUGCCGCUCUACCUCCCUCUAGUACUCUUGUCUGCCAGAUGAAAAUGUCAGGAGAAGCAGAAACUCUAUCAAACGGGUCCCAGAAGUCCGACCUGUCUGUGGCCCUGGAGGACUGCAUGGCAGCGCUGGACCUGUUCCUGAGGAACGACUUUGAGGAGGCCCUGUCCAGGCUUCACUGCAGAAUUAAAGACAGCAUGUACCAUGCGCUCACAUACGCCACCAUACUGGAGAUGCAGGCCAUGAUGACCUUUGACCCGGAGCACAUCCUGGCAGCGGGUAACACCAUGAAGGAGGCUCAGGCAGUAUGUCAGCGGUUCCGCAAGAAGUCAACCUUUAGCAACAGAAACUUCACAGAAGAGGAACUCCACGCUGAAGUGUGCUAUGCAGAAUGUCUCCUGCAGAGGGCAGCACUCACCUUCCUUCAGGAUGAAAGUAUGAUCAGUUUCAUCAAGGGAGGAAUCAAAGUGAGGAAUAGCUACCAGACGUAUAAAGAGCUUCAUACGGUCCUCCAGUCCUCUACCUACGUCCAUGGUGACAAUCAUGGGCAGUUUGAAGGCGGGGUCAAGCUUGGAGUAGGAGCCUUCAACUUGAUGAUCUCCAUGCUGCCCACACGGACCCUCAGGUUGCUGGAGUUUGUGGGUUUCUCUGGAAAUAAGGAGUUUGGCUUGCAGCAGCUGACGGAGGGCUCUGCAGGGCAGACUUUCAGGUCCUUCCUGUGUAACAUGCUGCUUCUCUGUUACCACACCUUCAUGAGCUUCAUCUUGGGCACAGGGGAGGGGGAUGUGGAGGAUGCUGAGAAACUGCUUCAGCCCUAUCUCAAACAGUAUCCUAAGGGAUCUAUCUUCUUGUUCUUCGCUGGUCGAAUAGAGGUUAUCAAAGGAAACCUGGAUGCUGCUAUAGAGCGCUUUGAGGAGUGCUGUGAAGCUCAGCAACAGUGGAAGCAGUUCCAUCACAUGUGCUACUGGGAGCUGAUGUGGUGUUUCACAUACAAGAGACAUUGGAAGAUGGCCUACUUCUACGCUGAUCUGCUCAGCAAAGAGAAUGCAUGGUCCAAGGCAACAUAUGCCUAUAUGAAAGGUGCCUACCUAAGCAUGCUGACCAGGGAGGAAUGCCAACCAUUCCGGGAGAGCGAGGUAGCGCUGUUCCGGCAGGUACAUGGGCUUAAGCAGAAAAUAGCUGGAAAGUCUUUGCCAACUGAGAAGUUUGCCAUCCGAAAAGCCCGUCGUUACCUGACUGAGAACCCGAUAACGCUCCCUGCACCUCCUCUGGAGAUGAUGUACAUCUGGAACGGCUACACAGUCAUCGGUAAACACAAAGACCUCACGGAGGGCAUGCUGAAAACACUGGACGAGGCACAGGCAAAACUCGACAAUAGCCCAAGAACAGAGUUCUCCAUAGAUGACCAGUGUUUGGUGAGCCUGCUUAGGGGUCUGUGUCUGAAGCACCUGGGACACCAGGAGGAGGCUGAGGCCUACUUCACCCUGGUCCUUUGCAAUGAAACACAGAUCAAGUUUGAUCACUACUUGGUUCCCAAUGCACUGCUUGAGCAUGGGCUGCUGUGUCUGGAACAAGGGAGGAAGGAGGAGGGCAUCAAACUACUGGAGACGGCCAAGCAAAAUUACAAAAACUACUCCAUGGAAUCGCGGACACAUUUCCGAAUCCAGGCUGCUUUGCACAAGGCCAAGGCCACAGGAGAGAAUGGGAUUCACACCAUGCCCUCCAGCCCGUAGCUGGUGUGGGAAAAACGGGGCCAAUGUCCAGCCAUCCCACAGUGCACAGCCCAACGCCGCAGGGAUGAGGCAGAGUACCAAACCACCCACUACCAGCAACAAGCAUAUGACUGGCCAGCCACUGAGCUCUAAGAAAGACCCGCAACACUACACAAGCAUAAUGUACACUGAAAGGUCAAAAGCAUACAGACAAUAGUAUUUACUCAGACAAAGAAAAUAUACGCAAUAUAUAGAAAAUACCACACUGCUGGAUGGAGAUGUACAGGGUUUCAGCAGUCUAUUUCAAAAACCUAUGUUUAGAUACCCAUGCCUGAAUGUUCACCCUCCAGCAUAAAUAUAUACAUUCGCUGGUUAACAUGUCUUUUCACACCUGUCACAGGGGUUUUUGCAACAUAUUUGAGUGGUUAAAGGUAUUCUCAUAGGUUUUUCCCUCUGCUCGGAGCUAAUGACUAGAAGCACUGUGGCCAAUCUUGGACAAUGUCUGUCUUGUUGACCGUGAUCUAUUGCAGAUAACCUCCUGCCCUAAUGCCUUUAUCUCUGUGCUUCUACGACUGGUUUUAUUUGUAUAUUUCAAUUUUCACCCUGAACAGCUCAAGGGAAGUUUUGGCACAUUGGAUCAACUGAACCACUUUCUGGGAAGGAAUGCAUGACCAGUCCAACUGAAUUUUUGUGGAUAUAGUGCCCACUGACAUCUGCACAAAGUUAAAUCAUCCAGCCAUACAAACACAUUGCAGGAAUGCACGUGUGAUGGUAGGGGGUUAUUUUGUCUGUUUAUUUAUUAACUGCAAUGGCACCUUUCACAAAAUUGUCUUGUUUUAAGUGGACUGUGUCUUUUAGAAAGGCAGGCUCCUUCCAUGUUCUCUACAUGUGGACACAAUCCAACAGUACUUGAGCUCAAACAAACAAGUCUUUCAGAUUGACACAGGAAAGCCAGGCUGCCAGUUUCAUCUGUAGUGAGUGAAGUGUUGACAACCACAAGAACCUUCCAUAUAUAAAUAUACAGCUCCGACAUCAACAUAGACAAUAAUGGCUUACAGGGAGUUCUUGUACAUUAACAGUAGUGGAAAAAGUACAAGUGACAAUACCUUAAUAGAAAAUAACUCAAGUGAAAGUCAGCAAAAUACUACUUGAGUAUAAAAGCCUGAAAGUAACUGGUUUAAAAUUUACCUAAGUACAACGGUGGAUAAAGUACUCAAUUGUCAUUCUUGAGUAAAAGUAAAUGCUAUACAUCAAAUAACUUGUAUUAAGCAAACCAGAUGACACAAUUUUCUUGUUUUUUUUUACGGA